UGUAGCAUAUGCAGUUAAUUUGAUCAAUCUCUCUUCAAAUCAACCAAAAACAAGAUUAGGCUUCAUGGGUGCUGCAAUGUUGUUCUUGGCUUUGUCCAUGUUUUUCUCAAUGGGGGCUCAUUUGUGCUAUGGGGACUUUUCACAAACACUUGGUGAGGCAAUGAAUCAAGCAUACUUGGUUCAAGACAGCAAUGGUUCUCCUCCUAGUGAUUCAUUCCCUUGUAUUAAGAAACUCAUGCCUUGUGAACCUUACCUUGGAAAACCAACCACUCCGCCGGCAUCGUGUUGCGUGCCGAUGAAGGAGAUGGUGAAAGAUGAGAAGCAGUGCUUGUGUGAUGUCUUCAACAAUGCUGCUUUCUUGAAGUCUCUCAAUAUCACUCAAGAGAUUGCAUUGCAACUCCCCAAAGCUUGUGGUGCCCCUGUUGACAUUUCAGUUUGCAAAAAAGAAGGAUCAUCACCACCAUCUGGUUCUCCAGAAGUUCCAACACCACCUGCUCCUCCUAAAUCUUCUGAUAACAGUUCUUCUUCUUCUUCUCCUCCUCCGAGCAGCAGCAACAAAGCAAGUGCAGGCUAUGCAAUUACUCGUAAUAUCGAGGGACAUGUUUACACGGUCUUGUUCGCGACUUUAAUUUUUUCAGCACUCUAGGCUCUCAAGAUCAGUUAUCAUAUUCUUUUUUCGCAGUGAGGACUAGCUCUUUAGUUUUCUUUCUUUCUUUACCUGUUCUGUCCAAAAUUUGGGAAGUACUGACUAGUUUUUUAGACUUGUGAUUGUUCAUUCUGAAGCUCAUGUAGGUGUUGCCAUAACU